AUGUCGGAGCACAUGUCUGGCGUGCAGUACAUUCGUGUGAGUGAGGAUGAAGAUGAGAGCCCUAUUGAAGUGCCGAUGGAGGCUGAUGGCACUGUACUCCUCACGACCUUAAAUUCGGUUUUUCCCAAGGCGACGGGUCUAAAGUAUCUCGCUACCGACUCGGGAUGCUUCCGCGGCGUACGAUUGAAUGAAGGCAGACUCUACGCCCCUGAAGAAGGUUGGGUUCAUUCAUAUAUUUGUGCGUUUCCAAAAGCUGAUAAAAAACGUAAGGUAGAGGAAGACCAGGAUUCUCAGUCCGCUAAGUCAAAGAAGGUGGAAGGCAGGAAAUGCACCGAUCUUAUUGUUCUCAACUUGGCUUGGAAGACAGAUGAGACCACUCUGCGUGAAUAUUUUUCAAAGUACGGCGAACUAGUCAUGGUUCAAGUUAAAAGACAUCCAGGUAGUCAACAAAGUAAGGGAUACGGUUUCAUUAGAUUCGGUGCUUACGAGUCCCAGCCAGCGUGUCUUGCAGAACGACACUACAUUGAUGGACGAUGGUGUGACGUCCGUGUCCCUAUGUCCAAACUUGAGGGUGACAAGCAAGAAGUCAGUCGAAAGGUUCAUGUCGGUGGUUUAUCCGAGAGCAUAACUCCAGACGUCCUGCGGGAUUACUUCUCAGAGUUUGGAAAAGUCGUCGAUGUAUUUGUACCCAAACCUUUCCGGUCCUUCGCAUUCGUGACAUUCGAGGAUGCAGAAGUAGCUGCUACACUUGUUGGAAAGAAGCAGAGGAUCGAUGAUUGUGAAGUAACGAUCGGGUCAGCAGUUCCAAAGCUGCCACAGCAGCCUCCCCGCCCUAUGCCCCCAAUGCAGCCGCCCAUGCAUAUGCACAUGCCACCGAAUCCUUGGGGCUGGGCGUAUCCUCCAGCUCACGAGCCAAUGAACAUGCGCAAUUAUGGACCUUCGAUGCGUGGCGGGAACAUGCCCAUGUCUGGCUACCAGGGUGGAGUCAAUAUGAUGCCAGCACACCAUGGAUCUCCCGGAGCACCAUAUCAACAGCCUUAUGGCAGACCUUAUUCGCUAGCCGGCCAUCGAAUU